AGCCGGAGAUGCCAUACAAUCCGCUCAUAUCAACCGUUGACUCGGCGAGCAGCUUUCAAACUUUACAGCACUGUUUUCCUAGAUCGGAGCUAUUUUCAACGAGUCUAAGCUUGGAUUUUUGUACCCAGUUAUUCUGAGGUGCCUGUGGAAAGGCAACUGAAGGGCUUGUUUACAAUGCGGAGCAUUGGUUUCUUAGUCUGGAUUUCGUGCCUAACAACGUUUAUUUGUGGGCAAGUCCAAAAACCCCCUCCAGGGAUCACCAAUUUUUUGGAGGGUAAUUUACUUAACAGAGAUCAGGUGAAGGGAGGCAAGGAAUAUAAUGAACUCAACAAUGAUGGCUUCAAACUCCCUUGUGAGGCCACAGGCGAAAAUCUGCAAUGGAGAUGGCAACACAAUGGAACCAACCUUGUCAUAUUUUCUGGAGGCAGAUUUAAAGUCGAGGGCGAUGGUUCUCUAAUUGGAGAGAGCCUUCUUCCAGAUCAAAGUGGAAAUUACCAGUGCUUUGUGAAAGAUGCAGUCACUGACAAAGAAACAUUUAGUAGAAAGGUUCAAGUUUUAGUAACAUAUAUUAGACCUUUUCUGAGUACAGCAGCUCGGACGGAGACCGUUGAUCUUGGCCAGUCUCUCCGGAUUCCAUGUCCUGCACAUGGGGCUAGCUAUGGAGCUGUCUACACCUGGUCUGGUGCAGAAAAUAUUGAAUUCCCAAGAAAUUCUCGUCGAGCCAUCUCGCCUGAUGGUGAACUGUUUAUCAUGUUUGUUACUGAUGAAGAUAUUACUAAGACUGAGCAAUUAAAAGGCAUUAGCUGUACAAUAACUGGUGCAAAUGCCAUUUACAGAUCAGGCCCAAUAACCCUAAAGAAGCGUCAACAAGACAUGAUUGAUCCUGGGACCCCACAAUCCCCUGCUUGGAGAGUAACUCCAGGAAGUGCUGAAACCGCUGUUGAAGGCAGAAACAAGACACUUUAUUGUUUUGCGGUUGGAAGGCCUCCACCGACUAUAACCUGGAAGAAAAAUGGGCAAACUAUUGUCACAGGAGAUGACUUUGAGAUCGCUGGUACCUUUCUAGGAAGACGUCUUGAUCUUAUCAAUGUGAAAAAGGACAUACAUGAAGAUACAUACACUUGUGAGGCUGAAAAUUCUCAAAACAGUGGAAACCCAAACGUUUUUACAACAAUAGUAACAGUGAAAGUUCCUCCAAAAUGGAAGGACUCAAAGCCUCCUCCAGAAAAGCAAGAGAUUGACAUCCAGGGAAAUGGUACAUUACUUUGUGAUGCAGUUGGAGAUCCUGCACCAGCAUUCACGUGGUUCAAAGAUGGCGCCAGGAUUGUUUCCUCCACUGCCCGGGUACAAGUGACUUCAAAUAAGCUGACGUUCAAAAAUGUGGAAUUGGAAGAAGACGGAGUGUACCAGUGUGUUGCAGAGAACAAUCUAGACAUGAUUGUGUCUUCCACUUGGGUCAAUGUGCUAGCUAAAGCACCAUCAUUUAAAUUUGGAUUUGGUCCAUUUUACUUGUUCAAGGAUAGUGAAGGCAGAUUGGAUUGUGAACCAGAUGCAGCACCUCCACCAACAUUUGAGUGGUCAAAAGUCACUGGAAACAAUCAAGGUGACAUCAAACAUGGAGGUCGCUAUAAAUUAUUUUCAAAUGGGACCUUGAUGAUAGCCAAUGUUACACAGAAUGAUGAAGGGCAGUAUAGCUGUAAGGCAACAAACUUCUUGGAUACAGACAGUGCGACAGCAGAAGCCAGUGUUCUAGAGAGAACAAGAAUUGUGGUUAAGCCUGAGGACAAGUUGGUGAAAGAAGGUGAUGCUGUUGACCUAAUGUGCAGGGCAGAGUAUGACAAGGAAUUGGAGAUUAGAUACUUUUGGAAGCGUGAUGAUGCCAGAAUUGACUACAUCCAAAAUGUUGUUGAGUGGGAUGUGUCGAAAAAUGUUCUGACAAUUUCGAACAUUAAGGUCGAGGAUGCUGGUGUUUAUACAUGUAUUGCAUAUACACCUGAACCAAAAAGAUCUGAGGAUAGUGCCUCUGCUAUCAUCAAUAUUCAAGGCGUUCCUUUCCCUCCAACCAAACUUGCAAUAACAGACACCUGUCAGAAUCGAACGACGACUCUCACUUGGGUUACCAGUGCUUCCAAUGAUGCACCCAUCUUGCAUUUCCUAGUGGAACAAGAAUCAAAUCAUGAACCUAAUGUCUUCAAAUUGAUCUACAAUGUCACAAACCCUAAUGCCACUUCUGUUACAUUAAAUCUCACUGGCUGGGCUACUCUUCGCUUCCGUCUAAGAGCUGUAAACAGACUUGGUCCUAGUCGCCCAAGUGAAGCAACAGGGGCAGGGAUUUGCAAAACUUCUCUUGGAAAACCAGAUAAAUACCCUGAUAACUUACGAGGAGUGCCAAAGGAGGCAGAAAAACUUGACAUUGCCUGGACUCCUAUGCCAAGGGUAGAUUGGAAUGCACCGCAACUCAAGUAUGAGCUUAAUUACAGAAGAGUCGGAGGUGAACCACCUGAUCGUUGGAUAGUAGAAAGGUUUAACAGUACUGUUGGUAUACUCACUGUACCCGAUGCUGGUUAUUAUAAGCUUUGGGAGUUUAGGAUUCGUGCCGUGAACAGUGAAGGACUAGGACCCUGGAGUCCUACUGAACAAUCAUAUUCUGGACAAGACAAACCAGAUGGGAAGCCAGGAAAUCCAGUGAUAGGAGUAAUUACGGCACGCAGUGUUGAACUUUCUUGGAAUCCUUUACCUGUACCUUCCCGAGGAAGUGUUGAUGGAUACAGGAUUUAUUACUGGGGUGUGAGCAAACUCACCGAUCAGACAGCAAGGAGACGUAGACGUGCCAUUCCAAGCUACGCAAAGUCUACUAAUGUAACUGGAGGUACUACUAAAGAGGCUACAGUUUAUGGACUCACACCUUAUACAGGGUACACUCUGGCAAUCAAGGCAUUUAACAGUGGUGGUGAAGGCCCAUCAAGUGACGAGGUUACAUUUGAUACAAUUGAGGAUGUUCCUGGACCUCCAUCAGACAUAGAGGUGUAUCCAUUUGCGGAGUAUAUCCUUGUAACAUGGAAACCUCCAGAGGAACCCAAUGGUGUCAUUACGGGGUACCAAGUUGGGUCUGCCGAGUACACAGGCUCCCAGUUCCAGGAUAUCAAUGUGGAUAUGACAGAGGUGGGUGCUGGUGAGCGUAGGCACCUGCUGUCUGGGCAAAAGGAGUUGUCAGACUAUGUCAUUGAAAUGCGGGCAAAAACUGCACCAGGGUGGGGCGAGUCCGUGAGGAAGACGACAAGUACAGUUAAAAUGUCUGCUCCUGCUAAGCCAAAGAAACCGACUGUUACAGGGACGGCAGUUGACGCUGUCAACGUGAUUUACAACUUUGACAUCGGUGGAGGAUACACUCAUGAAUUCAGAGUCAUGUACAGAAAGAAAUUGCCUGACGAGGAGUUUGUAAACACAUCCUGGGUGAACCACUUUGACGUCCAGAACACAGACAUUGGUAACCUUGACAACGAGCUUUACCAGUUCAAGACUGUCGGCAGAAAUCCAUUAGGAGAGAGUCCACCGAGUGAUGUCACUGAAGCAAGACCUCUUCCUGGAGUUGCAGCUGGCCAGCGUGCUACUACUCCCAUACACAAGAGUGCUUGGUUUAUUGCGCUGCUGGUUCUGGUCGCCCUCCUGCUCCUGGUGCUGAUCAUAUUUGUUCUCUACACCAGACACCGUGGUGCAAAAUAUCCUGUUGGUAAACGUGAGAGGAAGAGAGCGGCGCUCAUAGAUCACGAACCAUAUGAUGAAGAAGAAGGUCCUUUCAACAACGGUGCUCAAGAGAACCCCCCACCCUACCCCAGUCAGGGUUCAUUGGACAAAAAGAGUGGGGAGAGCGACCGGGACAGCCUCGACGAUUAUGGGGAGGGGCCACAGUUCAACGAGGACGGCUCCUUUAUAGAGGAAUAUGGCGACGAGAAGAAGACAGCCCCCGACGAAAAGGACCAGUCCGCAUUUGCUACCUUCGUUUAAGGGCCAUGUUUUAAUGUACCACUGUAGUUUGACGGCUGUAAGAAGUUGAGUGCAGCUUGUUAGCUUAAGAGUGCUGAUCAGUGUACCAAGCAAACUGCUUGCCUAAAGAGAAGAAACACCAGCCAGUUAGCUAAUCGUAAUUGUUGUGUUAGACAAAAGCCUGCGUUAAGGGAGAAUGAGCCAAGACAGUCAACGGUUAUAAUCCUGAGGUAAAGCUAGAAAAAAAAAGUCUCCCACUAAAAAGUUGUUGUUAAGUAGAGUGAUAAAUUAGAGUUGUUCUUAUCAAACUUCACCGGAAAAGCUGAUCAGGAAGAGACACGGAAAAAAUAUGGCAGAUGGCGGCGUAAACUGCGUUACACGACGGCGUUGCUUUUUUUAGUGCCACGGUAUCUGCUUGCGAUUUAUUGCAAGGAAAAUAGGGUUUUCGUCGUGAAUUCUUAAUUAAGAUUGUAUAUAAGAACUAGUUGUAGCGAAGCUGUAUAAGCCCAGGUUAAACUAUGGUUGUUGCGUUCAACGCAUUCGAACUGCACUAGAACCGCGCGUGUACCGCAAUUUCACCGUUGUCUCACCACGGUUCUCUCCGCGGUCGUGUUCAUCGAGAGUUGUCGGAAAUUGAGCUUUGACUCGAACAAGUCAAUUUAUGAAUCACACAUACGUGUAUUAUUUAUUUUUAAUUUUACUCUUCGUACUGUUUAGUGCAAGAUUUCGGUAGCUUUUGAUUUAGUUAGUCCGAGUUAAGAUCAUAAAUUGGGUCCCUGGCUGAAACCUCGGCGAAUCAUUCUAGUCUCGCCCUUGAAAUGGCUCGCUAAAAAGAGCAAGCUUUACAACUAGGUCCGUAUCCAUCAGUCCAAAAUGAUUUUGUCUCCCCAUGUCAUAUCUGUCGAAUUUCCAUCAAAUCGGCAUGAUCUGAGUUGAGUGGUAAAUCUUAAGUGGAUCAUAAUCAACAAGCUUUACUUUUUCAUUUUGCUCAAGCAAUGAAUUAGCGUCUCUCCCCAGUACUACUCGUAAUUUUUUCGCUCGUGCCAGGUCCUUUUGGAGAACGGCGUUUCACUCAACAAAUUCCUAAAAGAUGAAAAGUUCUGGAAUCUAAAAAAUUAAGAGUUAAUCGUCUGUUAGGUUCGACGUAACUUAAAAACAGAAGGGAAAUACCCAAGAGUUGGUCCUUUUUAGGAUGAAUUUGAAUUCCCUCAUUCUCAGGCCCGUAGUAAGUGAACUUUAAACGCAAAAAAGGGCGUUUCCCGAUGGAAACAAACAUUUCUUACAGCAGUUUUGUUAUAAUUUGUUCAUACUUAGGUAACGUUAUACAUAAGUAACGGUUUCUUCUCAUAGUAAUGAAAAGGUAGAAUUAGUUCUGGUGAAAUGUCUCCUGCUGUCGUUUCGUAAAUCACAAAUUUGUGAGGUAUUUUGUAGUCGCUCACUGGCGAAGUUGUGUUUACAUUUAAUUUUCAAUACGUUUUUUCAUCAGUGGCCUUUAGAAGAGGUAAUGUACUGGCGAUUCUGUAACUUUUUGGACAUUGGUAUAUACUAGUAAAAAGAAAAAAAAAUUCUUUAAAACUGCUUUUUAGACAUGUACAGCGAAAUUAAAUCGAAAACGAUGGAAGCUCUUCAGAUCAUCUUAAACAUAUUUACGUUUUGGUUUAUACCCAGGUCUCCCACGAACAUUUGUGGUACUUGGGAACUCGGUUCUAGUUCCGUUUUCAUAGCUAUCAAUGCGACUAGGCUUGCACGUAAUAGUAACGCAAAAUAUACUUCACAACUAGCUGCGAGAAGCUUCCUAAUAGAUGCACUAAUGUAGCUAAACACAUAAUGUAUCACGUAAUUUUUUUUAACACUUGUAGAUAUAGCGUAGCGGUCCUUGAAAGGUACUGGGUUCGUACGUCCACCCAAAGCAGCAGCAACCUGUAUGCAUGUUUACCCCCUCCAGGACCCCCUCUGUUCCCCUGAAUUCCCCACCCCCACCGCGCACCGAAUGUAAUUCCCGGUCGAAUUUGUCGAGACUAGCCUCACACGCAGACAUUCUUUGGACUCGUCACGAGGUUGCGUGACGAGUCCAAAGAACUUCUGCGCGGGAGGCUAGUCUAGACUCAGUCUUCACCCGACCCAUUUCUCCAAAGGCUGCGGUUACUCAAAGGUAGUUUUACUCUUCUACUGGUAGUGUUGGAUGUACAUUUUAUUUUACAAUGGUUAGUUUGAUAUUUGUAGAAAUAAAGCUGCUAGCGAAGGA